ACCCGAACCUAGUCCACCCGAUCCAUGGCGCCCCCCGAGUACAGUGACGGAGGGAGGAAGAGAUAGGACAAAUGAGCGCAUGGAAUUUGCUUGCAGAGACCCUCCUCUGUGAUCGGGAUUUUUUUUUUAUAGCGAGUGUUGGAUUUCAAGAUAACACCGAUAUCAGGGAAUGGAGGAGAUGGACAUUGAACAGGUAGUGGAUAUACCUGAUACCCCUGAUAGAUUAACUGCUCGGCAUAUCAAUGGUGCAAAAUCAGGAAAAGGAAGUAAUUCAUCAGCACCUGGUCCUUCAAGAACUGAUUUUAGGGAUAAAGAAUGCUUGAAUCAGCCAAGGGCAAGGAGCAGUGAAAAUGGGCACUUGAAUCCUCAAAGAAUUUCUGUGAAGAUGGAUGGAUUUGUGCCUCGCAAUAAAUCUAUUACUUUUGCUCCAUCAGAAAAUUCCUGUCGUUCCAAGAAUGCUCCUUUAUUUAGAAGAGGAGCAAUGGCCUAUAACUCCAAGCCUGAAACCCGACUUUCUAUUGGAACACAACAUGUGGACAAAGGAAAACCUGAGUCUACUAAAAUUCCUUUGAGAUCACGUGUUCAUAUGGAAGAGGAAGCUAUAUUUGACAUGGCUUUUCCAUGCAGGACAUCAAAAACUCUGCAGGCUGAAGAGACAAGAAAUGUUCAAGUACCAUCUAGUGGUGGCUCCAACUUACGUUUCACACCUAUGACAUCCAGCAAUUCCUGUAAAGGGAAGGAAAAGAUAGGCGUGAAUGCAUGUAAUGGUUCUGGUUUGACUUUAAAUGAUGGAAAAGGGAUUGGUCCCACUGGUGGAUCUCAACCAAAAAUUGAAAAACAACUGUCUGCUUCUGCUCUGCCUGUUAUCUCACCAAGAGUAACUGGACAAAAAAGAUUGGUGCGAAACGGAUGCAUUUCUCCACAUAAUAUAGCCACUAGUGCAAGAAAAUUAGCUGAAAGUCACCGAGUUGGUUCCACCAAUGUUGAAAAAGAUCACGUUAUUAGCAUGGUUUCUGAUGGUCCAUCUGAGGUAGAUAUCAGGGAAAUAGUCGCUGAAGAGAAUAAUUGUCAUAGAGCAAAAGGAAAAGGGGUGGUAUUUCAUCCAUCUACAUCAACAGAGCAUAAUGUAAAAAUUGGUCAUGCAUCUACCAGUUGUGGGACUAAUAACAAGGCAGCUAAUGAAACCAGUGACAGCAGAGAUUCAUUAUUAGGUGGUUGGAGAAGUACGCUGAACCAUACAAAGAACAUAUAUCAAAUGGAAGGUGAAGAUGAAUGCUUUAUUGAUGAGCAGCGCAGAGACAGAGUUGUAAGAAGAAAUAAUGGUAAUGGAAAUGUUACUAAGAUUACAAGUGAUUCUGGAGACCAUGGUGAAGGCCAAACAGCUUCCAGGCCUGUGUCUGGGCUCAAUCAAACAAGUCAAUCCCAUCAUAUUGGGAACGUACAUAGUAAAAGGCAAAGGAAACAUAGGUUGACUUUGAGAAAUCAAAGUGACUCUACAACGGUUCCUGAUGACUCUGAAAUCUUUUUCCUUGGUUCAUCUGAGGAGUCAUCCAGCUCAAGAUUGUCCAGAACCUUGAAUAGACAGCAUCAGAGUAUGUUGGAACCAAGUUAUGAAAUUGAUGAGUUGUUACCUGAAAGGAGAAACAACUCUUCUCCAGGAUUAGGUUCCAUGAAUGACGACUCAGAUUCUAGGGCAAGACAAGUGGAAGCAGAUGAAAUGUUGGCUCGUGAACUCCAAGAACAAUUGUACCACGAGGCACCAGUAUAUGGAGGCAGUGAGAUUGAUGAAAAUAUAGCAUGGGUACUGCAGCAGGAGGAGGAUGCAUUCCGCACUGCUUCUAGUCAAAAUCGCCCUAGACUACGUCUCAGAAACUCGGCUACAGUGAAUGCAAGUAGACAGCCCCAGCCACAGUCCUUUCAGAACCCUUCAAAUAGGAGACGAGCCCAAACUCAAGUUCCUACUGGUAGAACAUCGUUGAGAAAUCGCUUGUUGAACCGAUCUACUGCUGCAUUACCUAGAGCCAGAAACCACUCUCAUGCAGCAUUAUCUAGAGCGAGUAGUCUCCAGUUUCCUCUGGGCAUGGACUUAGAUAUGAGACUUGAUAUAUUGGAAGCAUUAGAGGAUGCAGUAGGGGAAUUCAGUGAUAUGAGUAUGACGGCUAGUCACAUUCUUCGUGUUCAGCGUGAUUUCAAUGAAAAUGAUUAUGAAAUGUUGUUGGCCCUUGAUGAGAACAAUCACCAACCUGGCGCACCGGUCAAUCGAAUUAACAGUUUGCCAGAAUCUGUAGUACAGACGGAGAACUUUGAAGAAACUUGUGCAAUCUGUCUAGAAACCCCAACUAUUGGAGAAACUAUACGUCAUCUUCCUUGCCUGCACAAAUUUCAUAAAGAUUGUAUUGAUCCAUGGCUUGGCAGAAAAACGUCAUGCCCAGUUUGCAAGUCAUCCAUAACCUGAUCUGCACUAGUAAAUGUCAGUGACUCAACUGUCUUAUGCUUCUUCAGUUAAAAGCCAUUUUUUUGGAAGGUAAUUCAGAGUUGUAGUUUCUGUUAACCAGCCUUCUGGAACAUCACAUAAAGAAGAACUAUGCACUUGGGGCCAAACUAGCUGUUUUUUGAAGUUUUGUUGAACAGUACAUUUAGUUAUGUUAAAAGGAGUUGAAUGAAUUUUUAGUUAAAUGGUGACAGAUGACACUUCCUUCAAUUACUUUGUUGAAUUGAUACACGGUCUCAUGUUGGGCAUAGCUUUGCACAAUGGCAUUGAGCUGAGCCAGGUCCUGAAAAUUCACAAACAGAACCCCCGACCAGUAGAUUUCUGUUGGAGUGAGAAGCGAAAUAAUGUAUGAAGCCAGGAAGGCAAUUUGAGGUGAGGGUCUGUAGCAUUUAAAGCGCGGACAAGCUUUCCUCAGUAAUUCCCGGUUUCAAGAUCCCCUAUGUUUUUCUGGCAAAAAGAAAUAUGGAAGCAAGUGCAAUCUUGUAUGUGAAUGUUUCAUCUUGUGCCAUGUCUAUGGUAAGCUUCAACCUAAAUUUCAAGCAAUAAUCAGUCUUCCAUUUUAUUA